GGCUCAGCCCCCAGAGAGGGUGGGGAGAUGACACAGUUGUUCCCCCAGCCCUGGCGGGGCGGGCAGCAUGGUUCACUCCAGCAUGGGGGCUCCAGAAAUAAGAAUGUCUAAGCCCCUGGAGGCCGAGAAGCAAGGUCUGGACUCCCCAUCCGAGCACACAGACACUGAAAGAAAUGGACCAGACACUAAUCAUCAGAACCCCCAGAAUAAGACCUCCCCAUUCUCCGUGUCCCCAACUGGCCCCAGCACAAAGAUCAAGGCUGAAGACCCCAGUGGUGAUUCAGCCCCAGCAGCACCUCUGCCCCACCAGCCAGCCCAGCCUCAUCUGCCCCAGGCCCAACUCAUGUUGACGGGCAGCCAGCUAGCUGGGGACAUUCAGCAGCUCCUCCAGCUCCAGCAGCUGGUGCUUGUGCCAGGCCACCACCUCCAGCCACCUGCUCAGUUCCUGCUGCCGCAGGCCCAGCAGAGCCAGCCAGGCCUGCUACCGACACCAAAUCUAUUCCAGCUACCUCAGCAAACCCAGGGAGCUCUUCUGACCUCCCAGCCCCGGGCCGGGCUUCCCACACAGGCCGUGACCCGCCCUACGCUGCCCGACCCGCACCUCUCGCAUCCGCAGCCCCCCAAAUGCUUGGAGCCACCGUCCCACCCCGAGGAGCCCAGUGAUCUGGAGGAGCUGGAGCAGUUCGCCCGCACCUUCAAGCAACGUCGCAUCAAGCUGGGCUUCACACAGGGUGAUGUGGGCCUGGCCAUGGGCAAGCUCUACGGCAAUGACUUUAGCCAGACGACCAUUUCCCGCUUUGAGGCCCUCAACCUGAGCUUCAAGAACAUGUGCAAACUCAAGCCCCUCUUGGAGAAGUGGCUCAACGACGCAGAGACUAUGUCUGUGGACUCAAGCCUGCCCAGCCCCAACCAACUAAGUAGCCCCAGUCUGGGUUUCGACGGGCUGCCCGGCCGUAGACGCAAGAAGAGGACCAGCAUUGAGACAAACGUCCGCUUCGCCUUAGAGAAGAGUUUUCUAGCGAACCAGAAGCCUACCUCAGAGGAGAUCCUGCUGAUCGCCGAGCAGCUGCACAUGGAGAAGGAAGUGAUCCGCGUCUGGUUCUGCAACCGGCGCCAGAAGGAGAAACGCAUCAACCCCUGCAGUGCGGCCCCCAUGCUGCCCAGCCCGGGGAAGCCGGCCAGCUACAGCCCCCAUAUGGUCACACCCCAAGGGGGUGCGGGGACCUUACCAUUGUCCCAAGCUUCCAGCAGUCUGAGCACAACAGUUACUACCUUAUCCUCAGCUGUGGGGACGCUCCACCCCAGCCGGACAGCUGGAGGGGGUGGGGGUGGGGGCGGGGCUGCGCCCCCCCUCAAUUCCAUCCCCUCUGUCACUCCCCCACCCCCGGCCACCACCAACAGCACAAACCCCAGCCCUCAAGGCAGCCACUCAGCUAUCGGCUUGUCGGGCCUGAACCCCAGCACAGGAAGCACAAUGGUGGGGUUGAGCUCCGGGCUGAGUCCAGCCCUCAUGAGCAACAACCCUUUGGCCACUAUCCAAGCCCUGGCCUCUGGUGGAACCCUGCCCCUUACCAGCCUUGAUGGCAGCGGGAACCUGGUGCUGGGGGCAGCUGGCGCCACCCCGGGGAGCCCCGGCCUGGUGACCUCACCGCUCUUCUUGAACCAUGCUGGGCUGCCCCUGCUCAGCACCCCGCCUGGCGUGGGCUUGGUCUCAGCAGCAGCUGCGGCCGUGGCAGCCUCCAUCUCCAGCAAGUCUCCUGGCCUCUCCUCCUCAUCCUCUUCAUCCUCAUCCUCCUCCUCCUCCACUUGCAGCGAGGCAGCAGCACAGACCCCUGGAGGUCCGGGGGGGCCCGAGGCAGGGUCCAAACCUGAGUGAGGGCCAGCCAUGCCUCCCCUCCCACUCCUCUGACCCCCGCCUUGGUCUCUUGCCUGGGAAGAGGGCAAGAAGGCCAGUGGUGGGGACACAGAGGGUCCUCGGAGCAGGAGUGACAAGGGAGGAAAGACCAAAAAAACCAACCAACCAAAAAAAAAAAAAAAAAAAAAAAAAAAAAGGAAAGAAACUAACCAACAAAAGAGAAAACCAAAAAUAAUCACAACAGAAACCAGCUGCCCCAAAGGAACCAGAGGUGAAAAACAAACAAAAAAAAAAACCAAACCAAACCAAAAAAAAAAAAAAAACCCACAAAAUCAAACAAACCAAAAAACCAGUCGCGAGCCAGACCUCAGCGUGCUCACACCCUCACUGCUACGACACCAAAUAAGAACCCCAGCCAGGGGCGGAGAAGCCUCCAGCAGGUCAGACCUCAUUGCCACCGAGCCCUGGCUGUGGGGCCAACCCCCAAACCUGCCUCCCCGAGUGGGGGCUACAGAAGGAAAAAGAGAAGAUGCCAACUUCCUAGUCCUGGCCCCCAGCCCUGGGCCAGUGAAGACAGGGCACAGUCUGGGCAGAUGGGCUGGGGCUCAGCACCACCCACCAAAUGUUCUUUUCCGGAAGGUGAAAGAGAAAGGGCCUGAACAACCUUACACCAAAUAUUCAGUAGCUUCAUCCAAAGGAUGUACAGAAUUUUUAGCGUUGUGCUCAACAGAAUGUGUCCCUACCAUGUGUCCCCUUCUCCCCUGGCCCCCAGCUCUCCUCACCUGGGCAGGGGGUCUUGCUUUAACCUCCUCCCUCCCCCCAGCCAGGGGAGAGUUCAAGGGAAGGCCUGAGGAUGACUUUUCAUCCCCUCUUCCUCCCUCUUUUCCCCUUUGAAGGGUGAGCUAGGCCAUUUUGCCAAGUUCUAGCUCUCACAAGUCCCUCUUCAACCCUGUCACCCUCCUCUGCUCUGGAAUCAACCCCCUCCCCAGCGUAUGGGAAGGUGGAAGUUUCAGUCAAGAGGGGAUGAAGGCAUUUAGUUGAGGGCAUUCAGUUGUCUUUUUCCAUCCUGUCUGUCAGUUUCCCU